AAAGAAAGGGGUUUGACUAAGUGCCCACCCUGGCUUCUUAAAUGUGACACUCGGAAAGAAUCGGGAAAUGCAACGUAUACAUCAGAAAGGGAAAGAGCACCACUUCCCAGGAUCUCUGUCCAGUCUGCUCCAAGACAGCGUAGUACAUACAGAACCAAGCACUGCCUGAUUCUACUCCACAGACUUUUGGCUGAUAAGGAAUUAAGAAGGAUUUUGCAUUGGAAAUUCAGUCAGAGACUUACUGGUGGAGAGAAAACAGUGAGUAGAGUCACGUGUAUCUACUCUCUGAAGUUUGUCAAACUCUGCUUGACAUCAUAAGGUCUGAAGGGACCCUACUCAACUGGAAUCUUUUCUACAAGGCAAAACAAUACACAGCCUGCAUCAUGACCUCCCUGUUUGAGCAUACCAACAAGAAUUUGGUCAAAGAGCUUGGAGGCAAAGACCUGAAGCCCAUCCAAAACCCGCAGAGUGCCAACAAAUUCUGUCUCCUGAGUCUACUGCGGCAGAAGAGGAGGAUCCUCUCUCAGUUCUGGAAACAACCUGAUGUUCCAGUUGACUGCAUCCUCACGGACAUCCUGGAGCCAAGUUCUUCAGUCCCAGAGCCUGUAGUGACAGGAAAAUUCCUCUUCAGUGACAAAAUGGUCCAGACGGAGGCAGCUGAGGUGGAUGUGACUGCUGGGUUAGAAGUGAGUGCGUCGGGGAAGGCUUCCCAGUCCUAUGAAUGCUCCCUGGAGGUUCAGUCUGUUACCAUCUCACCACGCGACUGGGAAGACCUCCAGGAGAGGAAAGUGUUGGAUCAAGAGCCGCCAUUUCGGAAGGAGUGCCGGACCAGAGGGGACAACCUGUAUGUGGUGACAGAGGUUGUGCAACUGAUCAACACAACCGUCUUGCAGGACAGCAGCAGUGUGAAAGGCACGGGCAAAUUAUCUAUCCCUUGGAGUUUUUAUGUCAAGAGCACAGGAGACAGAUCGGGUCUGAAAGUGAGACAGAGGACGCUGACUCUGCCCCAGGGCACCGUGAUGGCCUAUAAGAGGAAGCAGCUGGUGUUCCAGGAGAACGGUCGAGCCAUUCUUCUCAUCUCACAUGAUGACAAGCGGAAAACCUUCCCAGAAGAUGAGUUCCUGUGUUGCGCAGUGUCUCUGCCUAGACCUCAGUUUCAAGGGAAACUGCAGGAGCUGCAGAUGUCACCAGAAGCCAUAGACCUUUGUGGCCACAGAGAAAGCCAGUUUUCUCCUUUGAAUACCAGGACAGAUUUCAAGUCCCUACAAAAUGAGGUUUCCAGGGAAAUGGAGGCAGUGGCUGAGCUCCCCAGGGACAUUCGAGAUGCUCUUUUUCAUACCAUCCUGGCCAAGCUCAAGGACCAAGGGGCUCUGCAGGACUUCACAGACAUGCUGGAUGGGAACAUUUGGAUUCAUACAGGCAGCUUCCUAAGUGAGAUGCAGGAAAACUCAAGAAAUGUGUGGCUUGAGUCAAGACACAUUAUUUACCUCCUUGAAGCCUUACUGGUGCUGAGUGACAUCCAACAUGAGCUGCUGGCCUGGUCCAUGGAGAAGAGGAUCCUGCCCCAGCAGCAGGAGCUGGUGAAGAGCAUCCUGGAGCCCAACUUCCUGCACCCCUGCAACAAUCCCUUCACCCUGGAUCCCAAGCUCCUCGCCUCACUGGAGGAAGAGGGGUUGGCUAUCACCUUCGGCCUGCUGCAGGAGUGCGGUCUGAGUGUGGCACCCGACAACCCCAAGGGGACUUGGGACCUGGAGGCCAAGGAGCCCCUGUCUACCCUGUACGGGUCCCUCUUGAUGCUGCAGCAACUGGCUGAGUCCUGAGCCCUCGCUGGGGGCACUGAGUCCAGAGAGGCCUGGCUGCACCCUGGUCCAGCUGUGAGCGUCCUCUGUGCUCAGGGUACAUGGAGCCCCACCUUCUGCCACUCCAGUUUGGGUGGAGAGAGAUCGAUAAAGACCGGAGGGAACAUUCUAGGGUGAUGGAAAUACUCUGUAACUCUGUAUCUCGCUAAAGGUUUAUGCAUUUGUCCAAACUCAACAAAUAGUAUCUAAAGAUCUGAACAUUUCAUUGCAUGUUAAUUUUACUUCAAAGCAAUGUACACAAAGAUUGAACUCUCAUGAAUAAGCAUUCUGAAUUGCAUUGGGUAAAGUGUACUGACAUCUGUAACUUACUUGGAAAUAUA